AUGUCCUCUUCAACAAAUACCCCAUCACAUUUAGAUAGUCUGACAUUGAGACCAUACUAUGAUCAUGAUACAUUUAAUCCAGGAUAUUCAGUCAUAUUCAAAAGAGGCGUGGGUAUAAUUGAUCCAAAAUCAAAUAAACCUAUCACGUCAAAUAUAUCGGAGAAAUUAAUUGAUCAGAAUGUGGGUAAAAAUCAAGGUGUAAUAGGAAACCUGCUUAAUCGUGGUGGACCAAUCGGAAUUAAAGCCGGUAGUGACAAGAAUUAUGUUUAUGAUUUGGAAUUUAAUGAAUAUUUUGAAUCUAAUAAUUUAGUUGAAGUUAUGAAGAAUUUAGUAUGGAAUUUUGUGAAAAGCUACGUUAAAGUUUUGUUAACUCAACCUUUGGAAAUUGUCCGUUUGGUUUUACAAGUUGGUAAAUUUAACUUCAAUGCAGGACCAUCUAGAAAAAGUGACUUGUCUAAAUCAAGAAGAUUGUUAACUGAAACUGACGGUAGUAUUACCACUGAUGAAACAGAAGCAACCAAUACAGAAUACGAUGAUGAUUAUGGUGCUGAUGAAGAUAAUGACGAGGACGAGCCAAUUAAUUAUUUCCAAUCACAGAAUGAACAAAAAGUCUGGUCUGGCCAGGAUUAUGAGAGUGAUCAAAACUUGAUGACUUCACCAACAGCAAGACCAACUAGAAAAGCCCGUAAUGAACUUAGAAAAAGAUCCAGACAUAAUAAAAUCAAACCAAAAUCAAUACAUACUAUUGAUAUAAUAACCGCAAUUGUUAAUAAGGAUGGACCAUUGGCAUUGUUCAGAGGUAUCAAUGCUUCUUUUAUCUACCAAACAUUAUCACAUACCAUUGAAGCUUGGAUUACGGGAUUCAUUUCUCCAUUUUUGGGUAUUCCUGAUCCAUUUUUCCUCGAUUUGACACAUUCAAACGAUCCAUUCAAGUCAUUAUGGUUAUCGGUAACUGCUUGUGUUGUAACAGGUAUUAUUUUGAUGCCUUUGGAUUUAAUUAGAGUCAAGUUUAUGAUUACGCAAUUUAACACCAAACCAUUGUUAAAUGACGACAUUAUUGAAGAAUCAGCAGAAGAAAUUAUACAAUCUACAAGAUCAGUACGUGAGUCAAUACGUAAUUUCCCUGUUUAUUAUUUAACUCAUCCACCAGCACCUAUCGUUUUGUUAACUACAUUCCAUCAAUUAUCCACCAGUAUUUUCCGUAAAAUGGCCCCAUAUAUUUUAUUUAUUAAAUUUAAUAUUGAUUCCUACUCGGCCCCUAAUAUUUACACUUUUGUCAAUCUUAUUUCGUUAAUUUUGGAAUUUUUUAUCAAAUUACCAGUAGAGAAUUUAUUACGUAAAGAACAAGUUAGAUUUUUGUUAACGCCAAAGAAAGAAGAUGUCAAGAAAGUUAUUAGUAUAGAAGAUCCACAAAAGAAUUUAAUUGUUGAAUUCAAUGAUCUGAAUCAAACUGAUGACGAUUUGACUUUAUGGGAGAAAUUCAAGCAAUUAGGACUAUUCAAUGGUUGGAGAAUUGGAGUUAUGAAUGUGAUUGGAUUCUGGGGUUAUAAUAUUAUUAAGAGUAAUGGAUCUGAACUUAAAGAAGAAAGAUUAUAA